GCUUUAGGCAGGGCUUUGUGCUUUGGCCUUCACCAAUUCAACUGUCCUCAUUUGACCAGAGGUGAAGUGACCCACCAGGACACACUCGGGGCAGGGCGGAGCGGAGCCAGGAGGGCUCUCCCCCUGUGCAUCUCGUCUUCCCCCUCCCCCCGGAGCCAACCCCACAGCAGGUCUGGUUGGGAGGGGGUUGGGAUUCGAUGCUCCCUGAAUCCUUCUUGUUCCCCUAUUUUCUGCAGACCAGAAAACUGAGGCUCAGAGGCGCUAGCUCGCCUGCCCAAGGUCACCCAGCCUUUCACAUCAGAGCCCGGGACUGUGGGGGGAGUGUCCUCCUUCCCCAGUGCAGUCUCCCCCAUCCUAUCCAGGGCUCGAGGCUGGGGCGUCCCCAGCUGUCCCAGGCUGGGCUGGUUAAAGGCAGCAAACUUCCUCCAGCAACCCUAGUCCAAGCCCCACACAUCACCAGCACCGAAGAGCCACUGGCACACAGGGAGCUGCGGAUGUCCGGGCCCAGCCGCCCCUGCCCCUCCCGAGCCGCGCUCCUCCGGGCAGGGCGGGAGGACAGCUCUCCUUGCCUUCCUUCCCGGCGCUGGCAGAGCUGCUGCGGCUGCUCCUGCCUGCUGCCUGCCUGAUGGAGAGAUUAUUUCUAAGCCCUUCCCAUCCCCCUCGCAGGACCACGCUGGCUGGCUGUCCCCAUAGCACUUGGAGCGCAAAGUCCGCCGCCGAGGCGGGACAGCUACCCAGCUCCCUCUAGCACAGACCUGCAGGCGCUGGCCUGUCAGGAGGAAGGGGUUGUGGGGUCAUCCCCAAAGCCCACUCCACUUCCCCAGGGCUCCUCUGCAGCUGCCAGAGAGAGAUGCUGAACGAACUUCUGCUUUCGGGAGGAGGCGAGGCAGAGACUGGGGGAUAACUCUGCUGGAAACUGCUGUGCUGGGGAAUUUUUUCUUCCCCUUCUCUCCAGCCCAGACCUGUCCCUCCCCUGGGCACCAAGACACGGGCUCCCCUUGCUCAACUGGAAACAGCUGCAAAUGGCCUCCCUGAGACAAGAGGAGAAGUGAACCCUCAGCUGCCGGCCUGGAUGCCUCCAGGAUGCCCACACCUUCCAGAGACCGGGGCCUGCAGCCCAGGCACCAUCCCUACGGCUCCUGCAGCCCCAUGAGCCAGCUCCUGCCCGGCCCCCUGGAGCAGCAGGCAGUCAAGGGCCUUUACUACUGCAGGGCACGGAGGGUGGGUGCGCUGGAUGCCUCCCCUGCCACGGACCUGAAGAAGGAGCUCCUGGUGAACGUGGGGGGCCGGAGGUACCUGCUGCCCUGGACCACGCUGGAUGCCUUCCCGCUGAGCCGCCUGAGCCGCCUCCGUCUGUGCAGCAGCCAGGAGGAGAUCGCACAACUCUGCGACGACUACGACGCCGACCGCCAGGAGUUCUUCUUCGACCGAAGUCCCAGCGCCUUCGGCGCGAUCGCCAGCUUCCUGGCGGCCGGGAAGCUGGUGCUGCUUCAGGAGAUGUGUGCGCUGUCCUUCCGCGAGGAGCUGGCCUACUGGGGCAUCGAGGAGGCGCAGCUGGAGCGCUGCUGCCUGCGCAGGCUGCUGCGGAAGCUGGAUGAGGCAGCUGAGCUACGCAGGGCCGAGGCGCUGCAGCUCGGGUGCGAGGUCAAGGGGCCAGCUGUGCGCCCCUCACGCUGGGGCCGCUGCAUGAACCGGCUGCGCCAGAUGGUGGAUGACCCGCAGUCCGGGCUGCCCGGGAAGGUCUUUGCCUGUCUGUCCAUCCUCUUCGUGGCCACCACGGCUGUCAGCCUGUGCGUCAGCACCAUGCCUGACCUCCGGGCGGAGGAAGACAAGGGUGAAUGCUCUCGGAAAUGCUAUUACAUCUUCAUUGUGGAGACCAUCUGUGUGGCCUGGUUCUCCCUGGAGUUCUGCCUGCGGUUUGUCCAGGCCCGGAACAAGUGCCGCUUCUUCCGAGGACCUCUCAACAUCAUCGACAUCCUGGCCAUCUCCCCAUACUACGUGUCGCUGGUGGUGUCUGAGGAGCCCCCAGAAGACAGCGAGAGGCCGAGUGGCAGCUCCUACCUGGAGAAGGUGGGGCUGGUGCUGCGUGUGCUGCGGGCGCUGCGCAUCCUCUACGUGAUGCGCCUGGCCAGACACUCGCUCGGGCUGCAGACGCUGGGGCUUACGGUGCGGCGCUGUGCCCGAGAGUUUGGCCUGCUGCUGCUCUUCCUGGCUGUGGCCGUCACCCUCUUCUCCCCGCUGGUCUACGUGGCUGAGAACGAGUCUGGGCGGGUCCUGGAGUUCACCAGCAUCCCUGCCUCCUAUUGGUGGGCCAUCAUCUCCAUGACGACAGUGGGCUACGGAGACAUGGUGCCCCGCAGCGUGCCGGGCCAGAUGGUGGCUCUCAGCAGCAUCCUGAGUGGGAUCCUCAUCAUGGCCUUCCCGGCCACAUCAAUCUUCCACACCUUCUCCCACUCUUACCUGGAGCUCAAGAGGGAGCAGGAGCAAUUCCAGGCGCGUCUCCACCGCCUGCAGAGUGCCCAUGUGGCCAGCGCCAGCGAGAGAGAGCUCCUGGCUGACGUGGAUGACCUGGUCCCUGCCGAGGGCCCCGACCCGCCUAUCACCUACAUGUAGCUAGCUCAGAAGCCUUGUGCGUGCGUGUGCAUGAGUGCAUCAUGUGGUUCCGCCCCAUCACCCUUGCGAAACAAGCUUGUCUCCAGAGAUCUCCCAAGCAGGCGCUGCAAGGCCAAAGGCGUCACCUGUGUGACCUUUGGUCUUCCUGACCUCAGAGUCCUGUGACCUUAUCCAGCCUGCUUGCCCUGUCCUGGCCGGGUAGGCUCGGUCCCCUGUCUUCACUUUUUCCUUCCCUGCAGAGGCUGUGCCAUCCCAUACUGGGUUCCCGGUGCCCACCGAACUGGUCCCUGCAGAGUUAGUGUGGUGCCUGCAGAAUCCCAUUCUUCCCCUUGGACCCUCGCUCCUGGCUCCCCAGUGCUAUUUCCUAACAAGGCUGCCAUCUCUGAGCUCGGCCACACUAAGCCAAGACAGUCAAGAAGGCGGAAGUGGCCUCUUCCCAAUUCGUCCCAUGUCAGGAGCUGGCAACUGCAAGCCCGCCACCCCUCGCCCACACACCACAUACCUGGGACCAGGAGGGAUGCCGCUUGCCAGCACAGGGACUUCGGAGGCAGCUGCAGUCUUGCUGGGGUGUUCUCCAGCUCCCCAGCCCGUAGCCUUGGCAGAGCCAAGUCUUCUAGAGCUCUGCGGCGUCCCUGCAGGGACUCGGCUUCCCCAUCAGUGCAGAAUCAAGGGCAGCCCCAGCAUCUGCGCCGCAUGGGCUCUCAGACCAGGUGUGUUCCCCGGGGCAGACGUUCCCUGUCAUUUCCACGUGUUUCCUCACGUGUGGAGAGAUUCUGCCCUUCAUAGCCCACAGAGGAGGCUGAUGCAGGGCAGUGCUGUUGGGCAGGGCAGGGAUACUGACAGCCAGUACCCAGAUAGCUCCCCAGAGGCAUGAGGCAGGUGGGGUGUGGAGGGAAUUCAAGGUACGAGGCUGGGGGCUGGGGAUUUAGCUCAGCGGCAAAAAGCGCCUGCCUGGCAAGCGCAAGGUCGUGAGUUCGG